GCCUUCUGGUGGCAAGACUUAGAAAAACCCUGCUUUUGGAGGACGCGGACAGUGCAUCUGUAAACUUCCCUCUACGAAUUAAAAAGUCGCCAUGAAGACUUCAGCGUUGUUAAUAUUUUUUUACUGCGUUGGAUACAUUCGUAGCAAACCUACAUUGCUUGCUUGUACAAGUGGACAGUUCGCCUUAAAUAACCAAUGCGUUCUCUGUCACCCCACCUGCACAGAGUGUGACGGGCAUGAGCUCUUCGAUUGCACAUCUUGUGGUGUUGAUGAAGAUGGACAUGAGCGCUUCCUCCACCAAGGUCACUGUCAGACAUACUGCCCCCGGGGACUCUACCCUGACAGGGCUCACUAUGCCUGCCUGCCCUGCAUCACCAACUGUGAGCUCUGCACUGAUGGCAGCAUUUGUGCCAAAUGCAGGGAACACUACAGGCUUCAGAAUGGAGUCUGCCAAACAGCCUUUUGUGAUAUGGGCCAGGUUCAGGAUCCUGAAACAGGAGAAUGUCUCGACUGUGAGAUGGGCUGUAAAACGUGUUCCACAGAAGACCCUGAGAUCUGCAACAGCUGCAUAGAAGGUUACUUUCUGUUUAGGCACCAGUGUCGCCGUCACUGCCCCCAGACGACCUACGAAGAGCAGGGCAGGGGGGGGUGUUUGCCCUGCCCAGCUCCAUGCAUUGACUGCAGGAGGGACUCCCUUUGUCUUGCCUGCCAGGCUGGAUACUACCUCAACGAGGGGGAGUGUGUAAAGCAGUGUCCUCAGCACACCUUCAGUGACCCCAGUGGGGGGCGCUGCCAGGUGUGCCACAGGUCUUGUCAGACAUGCCACGGUCCUCAGGGGGCUGACUGUGACCUGUGCCCCAGUGGAAAUGCCCCUCUACAUGGGCAGUGCCCCCUGGUCAACUGCCGGCAGGACCAGUUUUUUGAUGAAUCUGAACUUGAGUGUCACUCCUGUGAUGCAUCCUGCAAGACUUGCUUUGGACCUCAAGCCCUGGACUGUUCUUCGUGUUUUGAAGGGUAUGUUCUGGACCAGGAGGGUUCGUGUGUGGAUCACUGCCCCUCAGGGUCCUAUGCUAAUCCAUCCUCCCAGCUGUGUGAGGAGUGCUCCCCCAACUGUGAAACCUGUGAGCGGACUAGUGAUAACUGUGUCAGCUGUCCCACUGGCAGCUACCCUCUGUUCCUCUACCUGGGGAGGUGCUGGUCCAACUGCCCAGAAGGUUUCUUUGAGAAAGAGAAGAGUUUGUGUGAGGUCUGUGACACCUCCUGUCUGACCUGUGAAGGCACCAAGUCUCAGUGCCUAUCGUGUGCAGACAACCACUUCCUGGAGAGUGGUCAGUGCAGACCCAACUGUUCCCUGAGGACCUACCCUCGGGAUGAUGGCACCUGUAGACGCUGUCCUGCCCAUUGUGACAUCUGCUCAGAUGACAGGACCUGUUUCAAGUGCAGUUUCCUGUACCUGAUUUUAAAUGGGGUGUGCAAAGCCAGUUGUCCCAUGGGCUACUAUGAGGACAUGGAGGAGGGCCGCUGUGGUCAGUGCCACGCCACAUGUGCCAGCUGCUCUGGGCCACUGGCUGACGACUGUGAAACAUGCUCCGCUUUCACUCCCAAGCUGUACCAGGGCAUUUGCUCCAAAGAAUGCCCCACAGGGACGUAUUAUGAAAGCUUUGUUAUGGAAUGCCAGGAGUGUCACCAGACGUGUGCCAAGUGCUCUGGGUCUGAGGCCAACCAAUGUACCCAGUGCGAGAAGGGUCUGGUUCUGGACCCAAACACACUGCUGUGUGGGGUAACGGGAGACACAGACUGUCCACCCAGAACAUUCCUACAUGAUGACCAGUUCACCUGCAAAGCUUGUCACCGCUGUUGCCAGUCCUGUGGAGGACCAGGGCAUAAUGAGUGCCAGACCUGCGCUGUGCCCAAAUACCUUCAAAACAGCACCUGUGUGAGUGAGUGUCCUGCAGGUACCUACAGCUCCAGACAGCAGGCCGAUGGGGCCGAGCUGGGCUUCUGUUCUCCAUGUGACCACGUGUGCGCCAGCUGCUCUGGAGCCUCCCCUAAAGACUGCCUGACCUGCGCCUCAGGAUACUUCAACCUCCUCCACCUGUGUGUUUCCAACUGCCCCACUGGCUACUAUAGUAAGAGCUCCAACUGUGAGAAGUGUGAUCCCUCAUGUGAACUGUGCUCCGGGUCGGGGCCUGAGUCCUGUCGGAUCUGUCUGCCUCCCCUCUUGGAGCUCCAGGGGACCAGGCUGUGUGUGGAACGCUGCCCACAUCGCUUCUACCCACUCCUUCAUGUCUGCAGACAGUGUCACACCAGCUGCCGAACCUGCACAGAUUCCACGCCCCAGGGCUGUUUGACGUGUGACAGGGGUAGCACUCUACAAAACAAUGUCUGCUACCCACACUGUGAGGAAGGACGCUACUUUUCAGAGAAUGAGACCUGUGAACCAUGUGACAGCUCAUGUAGACACUGUACUGGUCCCAGACCCAACCAGUGUUUAAGCUGCUAUGCUGACUCUGCCCUCCAUGCUGUGGAGAACCGCUGUGCUCCCUGCUGCCAGUCUGAUGGGGAGAAUAGCACAGAUUGCUGUGUCUGUGACCUCCGCUCUGCACUGUGUGUGGAGGCCUCUGAGCCCAGGCCGGGGAGUGGCCACACGGCCGACCUUCAAUUGCCCACUAUAACUCUCCAGCACACCUCGGCCGCCCUGCCCAUGUCCCUGCUGCUGGCACUAGGCCUGGCGCUGGCUGUGUUUGGCCUGGUCCAGGCCCGUGCCAGGAAGAGGCUGUGCUGGAGCCAGAGCUACGAGAGACUGAGUGGCAGUGGAAGCACUAGUAUGCCCCAUGGUGUGCCUGAGCCAGACAGUGGGGAUGAGGCAGACGUGGUGUACAGCAGUAAGGAUGGUUCUGUGUACCGGCGCUACAGCUUCAUCCAUGACCAGGACGAGGACAAGGAACAGGACCAGGACUAAGACGUGGAUGAGAGCACGUAUCUGAAUAGAUCCUAAAUGCAGUGUAGACCAGCCUGUAGUACAUUUACUGUACUCCCCAAUGUUAUGAUCUGAAAGUUAGAGGUUUCAAAUAGAUAUCCAUGUCUAUAUAUUAGAAAAAUUCAAUGGGAGUCAGGUUAUUUUUAUCUUUCGAUGUUAAUAGAAGUUGUUUAGUAUAAAUUGUCGUUAUAUGAAAUUGCUAAUGUGCUUUCCAAUGCAAUAAAUUCAUUUUUUUUUAACUUUUUUUAGACCACAACUGGUCUC